AUGGCGACCCCGUGCAAGCUGUUCAUCGGGAACCUGCCCGCGGACGUCACGCAGGAUGAGCUGAAGACGACGUUCCAGCAGUACGGGCAGCUCCAGGAUCUGGACGUGCACAUCAUGGCCGCCAACAGGAGCCGGUCUGGCGCCACCUGCGCCUUCCUGGUCUUCAGCAGCGCGGAGGAGGGGCAGAACUGCAUAGAGGCCUGCAACAUGAAGCUGAAGCUCAGAGAGAGCAGGACCCUGAGCCCAUCACGGCGUCAGUGGCCCGGCCGAGAGGCCCGCCGGCGGGGGUACGGCCAGCCCAUGGCCACCGUGGCGCAGCCGCAGCAGGUGAUGGUGCAGCCCCAGACGGUGGUUGUGCAGCAGCCAGCCGCGCAGCCGCAGGUAGUGUACAUCGCGAGCCCCGCGGCCACGGUCCCCGCGGCGUCCCCCACCAGCGACGCUGCGCGGGCGGUGCAGGUGCUCGCCGCCCUGAAGUCACUGCUGGCCAACCCGCUGGCCGCGCACCUGACCGCCGUUGCGGCGCCGAUCGUGGACGCGGCCGAGCAGCAGCUCGUCGCCGGUGGCCACAUGGCUCCUUCGGCUGCGGGCGCCGCCCAGGCGGUGGCGGCCGGCGCAGAGGUGCUGGUGGGCAACUUGCCGCUGGACAUCACGUCGCAGACGCUGCAGCUGGUCUUCAACAACUACGGCAGGGUGCUCUCGGCCACGCCGCUGCAGCCCGACGCGGCCUCCGCGGCCGCGGGGCGCACGAGCGCGCUGGUGGCGUACAGCACCGCCACGGAGGCGCAGGUGGCGGCCCUCACGCUCCACGAGAAGUACGAAAUCCGCCCCGGCUACGGCAACAUCACCGUCCAGCUGCGCGGCACCGUUGGCGCCGGGGUGCCUGCUGCGGGGCAGGUCACGGUUGCCGCGCAGACCCCCGUGGUGCUCGCGCAGGGCUACAACCCCUACUGA